AUGGAUUCAUCAAGAAUUUCCCUUCGUCCCUUUAAGCUCUCCGAUGUUGAUGACUUCCUGAAAUGGGCUAGUGAUGAUAGAGUGACGCGUUAUCUAAGAUGGAACUCCUUUACCUCAAGAGAAGAAGCAUUAGCACAUCUUGAAAAGGUUGCCAUAAUCCACCCUUGGCGUCGGUCCAUAUGUUUGGAUGAUCGUUCAAUUGGAUACAUUUCCAUCUUCCCGGAAUCUGGUGAUGAUCGAUGCAGGGCAAACUUUGGAUAUGCAUUGGCUCCUGAAUAUUGGGGACAAGGAAUAGCCACAAUUGCAUCGAAGACGGCAGUGUCUAGUGUGUUUCAUGAUCUUCCUUAUCUGGUUAGGCUUCAAGCUCUUGUAGAGGUGGAGCAUCGAAGUUCUCAGAGGGUACUGGAAAAGGUUGGGUUUGUGAAAGAGGGUCUGUUAAGGAAAUAUGGGUAUAUUAAAGGUGAAAUUAGAGAUAUGCUUGUCUAUAGUUUCCUUUCAACAGACUUCGUUUUGUGGAGAGGACAGAUGGAGCAAAAUUCUUUCACAUCAGACCUGUCUAAGGAGAGUGGUGAUGAAUUCUCUGAUAUCUCACUUCGGCCUUUGGAUCUCUCCGAUAUCGAUGAUUUCAUGGUUUGGGCUACCGAUGCGAAAGUUGCUCUGUUUUGCUCUUGGGAACCUUACACUAGCAAAGAAGAUGCCUUGAAUUACAUCAAAAAUUCUGUUCUACCCCAUCCAUGGUUUAAGGCAAUAUGCCUUAACAACAGGCCUAUUGGUGCCAUUUCAGUGACCAAAAAUUCAGGUAACGAUAUAUGUAGAGGUGAACUUGGCUAUGUUUUGGCUUCCCAAUACUGGGGAAAAGGGGUUGCAACAAAGGCAGUGAAGUUGGUGGCUAAAACUAUCUUCGUUGAGUGGCCACAUCUGGAGAGAUUAGAAGCUUUAGUAGAUGUACAAAAUGAAGGCUCACAAAGGGUGCUAGAAAAGGCUGGAUUCAAGAGGGAAGGUGUCCUGAGAAACUAUUUUAUUCUGAAGGGAAGAUCUCGAGACAUGGUGAUGUUCAGUCUUCUCUCUACUGAUCCUCAAAUUUGA